CAGCUAUGUUCCUAGGUGGGCGUGACUUCUCAGAAGACCAUGAAGCUGCUCCCUGCGUCAGGACGAAGGGCAACCCAAAAGGUUGUUGUUGGAGAUCAUGAUGGAGUUCUUACAUGUUUUGGCAUCAAGAAAGGAGAUGUUUUGCCAGUGUUCAAAACUUUACCGGGGCAGAAGAUUGCAAGGUUGGAACUGGGAGGAGCUCUUAAUACACCACAGGAGAAAAUAUUUAUGGCUAUAGGAUCCGAGAUUAGAGGAUUUACGAAGAGAGGAAAGCAGUUCCUGUCAUUCGAAACUAACCUCACUGAAAGUAUCAAGGCUAUGCACAUAUCGGGUUCAGAUCUCUUCCUUUGUGCAAAUUAUAUCUAUAACCAUUACUGUGACUGCAAAGAUCAGCAUUACUACCUGUCAGGUGACAAAAUCAAUGAUGUUAUCUGUCUUCCAGUAGAAAAACUGAAUCGUAUUACACCAAUUCUGGCCUGUCAAGAUAGAGUCCUUAGAGUCUUACAGGGGUCUGAUAUACUGUUUGAAGUUGAAGUUCCUGGCCCACCUACAGUCCUAGCACUACAUAAUGGAAAUGGUGGAGACUCUGGUGAAGAAGUUGUGUUUGGAACAUCAGAUGGAAAACUUGGAGUUAUUCAAAUCACAGCCACCACUCCAGUGCACAAAUGGGAAAUACAAAAUGAGAAAAAGAGAGGAGGUAUUUUGUGUGUUGACAGCUUUGAUAUUCUUGGAGAUGGAGUUAAAGAAUUACUUGUUGGUCGAGAUGAUGGAAUGGUUGAAAUCUAUAGGUUUGAUAAUGCAAAUGAACCUAUACUGCAGUUUGAUCAGGCCUUAUCGGAAAGUGUCACAUCUAUCCAGGGUGGCUGUGUAGGGAAAGAUGGCUAUGAUGAAAUUUUGCUUUCUACAUAUUCAGGCUGGGUGACAGGCCUGACCACCGAGCCUGUUCACAAGGAAGGCGGACCUGGUGAAGAACUAAAGAUAAACCAAGAGAUGCAGAACAAGAUUUCCUCCUUAAGAGACGAGUUGGAUAAUCUGCAGUUCAAGGUACAGCAAGAACGAGAAAAAUAUCAACAGUCUGCUCAGUCCAGUACAGCAAUUUCAACAGUACCUACGUUUAGUGUGAAUGACAAAUUCACAUUAAAUAAAGAUGAUGCAAGCUACAGCCUAAUCUUGGAAGUGCAAACAGCUAUAGAUAAUGUUUUGGUGCAGAGUGAUGUUCCAAUAGACCUUCUUGAUGUGGAUAAAAAUUCUGCUGUGGUUAGUUUUAGCAGCUGUGAUUCUGAGCCAAAUGACAACUUCCUCCUUGCCACUUACCGCUGCCAGGCAAAUACAACCAGGCUAGAACUCAAGAUUCGAUCAAUUGAAGGUCAGUAUGGGAGCCUGCAAGCAUAUAUAACUCCAAGAAUUCAACCUAAAACGUGUCAAGUCCGCCAAUAUCAAAUCAAGCCACUUUCACUUCAUCAAAGAACACAUUUUAUCGACCAUGACAGACCUAUGAAUACGUUGACUCUUACGGGCCAGUUCAGCUUUGCCGAAAUUCACUCCUGGGUUGUGUUUUGUUUACCUGAAGUUCCUGAAAAAGCCCCAGCAGAAGAGUGUGUGACCUUCCACUUUCAAAACACUUUUCUGGAUACGCAGCUUGAAAGUACUUACAGAAAGGGUGAAGGAACUUUCAAAUCUGACAACAUCUCUACCAUAUCCAUUUUAAAGGAUGUGCUCUCUAAGGAAGCCACCAAACGAAAAAUUAAUCUCAACAUAUCAUAUGAGAUAAAUGAAGUAUCUAUAAGCCACACACUAAAGCUGAUCCACCCUAAGCUCGAGUACCAGCUACUUUUGGCAAAGAAAGUACAGUUAAUUGACGCUUUGAAAGAGAUGGAGGUUCAUGAAGGAAACACAAACUUUCUGAUACCAGAAUACCGCUCUAUUUUAGAAGAGGCUGACCACUUAUUGGAGGAGUACAAGAAGCAACCCGCACAUCUCGAAAGACUCUACGGCAUGAUCACAGAUCUCUUCAUAGACAAAUUUAAGUUUAAAGGCACCAAUGUAAAAACCAAAGUUCCCUUACUGCUGGAGAUUUUGGACAGUUAUGACCAAAAUUCACUGAUUGCCUUCUUUGAUGCCGCCUAAAAUGUACAGUAGGGAAAAACAACGAAACGAUACAACUUGCUAAAGAUCAAUAAAUCAUCACAAUAAUUUAGCUGUGAAAUGGUAUGAUUUUGAUGUUCUCCUGAUAAUUUUCAAGAUUAAAUUCAUGUUUGCAUAUCUUUAAUAGGUUAAAUUAUCUUUUUGAACGUCAAGCAUCAUUUUCAACAAGUGGAUACAGAGGGACUAUUUCACAUAAAAUUUGCUUUAUUUUAAAAAUGACUUUUUGGAAAAUGUAAUGGGAUUUAACACUACUUUGUAUAUAGUACUGCACAUAAACUUCUUAGAAAAUAUGAUACCCUAUUUAUUAGUUACAUUCCAUUUUAUAGCCUGAUGGGAGAAAGUAUACUUUUCUAAGGACACUUUUUUAGUUCUCUUGAUGUUGAUAUGUUUCACUUAUUUUCUGAAUAGUGCUGUUUGAAACUGUUGGCUAUGAAUCAGGAAAUCCACAAAAAUAUAAUACUAUGGAAAAAUUGGACUGUUAGUGUUCUCAAUGAUGUUUAGACUGUGAGCUCACUGUUGGGUAGGGACUGUCUCUAUAUGUUGCCAAUUUGUA